GGCCGUUCUGUCUGAAGUUAUCCACGGACAGGUUUUGUUAUUGUUACAUGCUUCGUUUGCGGUGUGGCUGUUGUUUCGUUCGAAAUUACGAUUUAAGUUCUCGAACGUGUGAAAUGUUAACUUAGUAGUUUAAAUAUAUUUGUUCCGAUGAAUUGUACGGAUUUGGAUAUAUCGGCUUUUUGUUCUGUAGUAUAUUCUGCUUGUAGUUGAUAAGGAUGGGUCUCCAAAAAUUAUAUGAGAGUUCAGAUGGUGGGAGUGAAUCAGAUUCCAGCGAAUCUGCCCAAAGUGAGCAAUCAGGAAGUGGAAGUUCCCGUAGAGAUGCUCCUGUCUCUGAAAAUGAUGAGAGAUCUCGAAGUCCAGUUAGUCAGAAAUCUGGCAGCCAUCGUUCUGUUUCGGGUAGUCCACGCGGUAGUCAAUGGUCUGGGUCAGGUAGUCCGCAAGGAAGCCACCAUUCUCCUUCUGCAAGUCCACAAGGUAGCCAACAUUCCCAACAAUCAGGGAGUGCACGAUCGCGUCGAUCGGGGAGUGUAAGAUCUCAGAGGUCUGCUAGUGAUGCAUCCAAAAGAUCAGGCAGUGUGAGUUCUCAAAAAUCUGGAAGUGGUCGUUCACAGAGGUCUGGUAGUGCUUCUUCUAAAGGUUCAGCGAGCCCUGCAUCGCGGAAAUCACAAUCAAGAACCUCGAGAUCUAGAUCGAGAUCCCAGAGCAGUGCAGCUUCAAGAUCUCGUUCAGGCUCCCCUGUCAGUACAAAGAAGAAAUCAAAUGGUGGGAGUGAAUCAGAUUCCAGCGAAUCUGCCCAAAGUGAGCAAUCAGGAAGUGGAAGUUCCCGUAGAGAUGCUCCUGUCUCUGAAAAUAUUGAAAGGUCUCGAAGUCCACCAGUUAGUCAAAAAUCUCGAAGCCCAGUCAGUCAAAAAUCUCGAAGCCCAGUCAGUCAGAAAUCUCGAAGUCCAGUCAGUCAAAAAUCUCGAAGUCCAGUCAGUCAAAAAUCUGGGAGUCCAGUUAGUCAGAAAUCUGGCAGCCAUCGUUCUGUUUCGGGUAGUCCACGCGGUAGUCAAUGGUCUGGGUCAGGUAGUCCGCAAGGAAGCCACCAUUCUCCUUCUGCAAGUCCACAAGGUAGCCAACGUUCCCAGCAAUCAGGGAGCGCAAGAUCACGUCGAUCGGGGAGUGCAAGAUCUCAGAGAUCUGCUAGUGAUGCAUCCAAAAGAUCAGGCAGUGCAAGUUCUCAAAAGUCUGGAAGUGGUCGUUCACAGAGGUCUGGUAGUGCUUCUUCUAAAGGUUCAGUGAGCCCUGCAUCACGGAAAUCACAAUCACGAACCUCGAGAUCUAGAUCAAGAUCACAGAGCAGUGCAGCUUCAAGAUCUCGUUCAGGCUCGCCUGUCGGUAGAAAGAAAAAAUCAAAUGAGUUGGGGUCUGACAAAUCAGACAAUGAAGAAAGUGAAACUGUUCAACGAAAGAGAGUUUUGUCUGAUAGUGAAGGAAGUUCAAAUGCUGGAAGUGGUAAAGAAGAAAAAUCCCAUGAAAAGAAAAAAUCCAAAGUUUUGGAUUCUGAUAGUGAUGAUAGUGGAUCGGAGCCAAAAAAAUCAGCUACUGCUGAGGCAUUGUUUGGGGAUGCUGAUGAUAUCAGUUCUGAAGAAGAAGCAGAAGAAAAGAAGGAUAAAUCAAGCGAUGGUGAAGAAGAAGAGCCUAAAGGGUCAGAAGAUGAAAAAGCAAGGAGUGAAGAAGAGAAAGACGAAGGCGAAAAGGAAGAGGAAGUAGAGAAAGAAGAAGAGAUACCUGAAACAAGAAUCGACGUUGAAAUUCCUAGGAUAAUGUGCGACGUUGGGAAAGACAUUCACUUUGUCAAGCUACCUAACUUUCUUUCCGUUGAUCCAAGGCCAUUUAGUGCUGAAACCUAUGAAGAUGAAAUCGAUGAAGAAGAAACGCUUGAUGAGGAAGGGCGAGCAAGAUUGAAAUUGAAAGUUGAAAAUACUAUACGGUGGCGUGAAGGUUUGGAUAAAGAAGGGAACACUAUAAAAGAAAGUAACGCCCGGAUGGUUAGAUGGUCAGAUGGAAGCAUAUCUCUCCAUCUUGGAAGUGAAAUUUUCGAUGUAUAUAAGCAGCCAUUACAGGGAGAUCAUAACCACUUGUUCAUUCGGCAAGGUACCGGUCUACAAGGACAAGCCGUCUUCAGGACUAAAUUAACGUUUAGGCCUCAUUCAACUGAAUCGUUCACUCACAGAAAGAUGACUUUGUCAUUGGCCGACAGGAGUCAGAAGUCUGCAGGAAUCAAGGUCCUGUCGCAAGUCGGUCAUGAUCCGGAUCAACAUAGGGGAGAGAUGAUUAAGAAAGAAGAAGAGAAAUUAAGGGCAACUUUAAGGAGAGAGAGUAAAGUGAAACGAACACGUGAGAGGGGAGCAAGUAGGCAGUUGAAUAGUUCUUACAUCGAACCGGAUAGAGAAGACGGAUCCGACGACGAUGGCGCUAUUUCACUUAACGCUAUUAAAAACAAAUACAAUAAAGCAAAUACUGAAAGAAAGCAGAACAUUUAUUCAUCGGAUGAUGAAGGCUCUGAUUUAGAAGCUAGAAGACCGAGGAGAAUUGAUAAAAUGAAAGCAUUGAAAGAUUCUGAUGACGAAGAUGGAGAAGGAGGGUCGGAGCAUGGAAGCGAUGCUUCGGACAUGUCAUAAAUGACUAAUUUAUAUAUCGUCAAAUUUUAGUUAUUUAGAUUAUGUUAAUUUGUCCGAAGAAAAAAAAAAAAAAAUUAUGUUUUAUAUUUAGAUUCCAUGUGAACAUCAUUGUAUAUUCAUUAUUAUUAUUAUUAUUUUAGACAAAUUUUUAAUUUAAUUGUUAAUGUAAUUGUGUAUAUUUUCACCUUGAUGUGUAUAUACAUGCAGUAAUUACAUGACUUUUAUUUAUUAAAAUGUCUUGUAUUUAUUUUUCUGAACGGAUAACAGUCUCAACUGUUGGACUUAUUUUUAUAAUUGCUUUAAAUAUAAUUCUUAUAUUUGUUAUUUU